ACUGAGCAUGUCUGGAAGCGCUCGGCGGCCGCGGCGGCGGCGGGGGCAGAGCCAGGCUGCGUCAGGCUGAGCCCAUUCACCGCGCGGCCGCAGGAGCGCAGCACCCGCGCCGCCCAGCCCCGCCGAGAGGGGCGCCCUCGCCGCCGCGGGCCCUGCCGCCGCUCACCGCAGCCCUCUUCUGGCGACCCGCAAGUCCUCUCAAACUGUGAAUAACUACGUGGUUUGUGCAUCAUUCUCGCAGCAAAGCUAAAAUUCCCUGUGAUCUCUGCUUGACCUACUCAUUCUGAAAUCAAGAGGAGACUGCUUCAUAAAUUGCUGCAAUGUCUGUGUCUAAUUUAUCCUGGUUGAAGAAAAAGUCCCAGUCGGUGGAUGUCACUGCUCCAGGGUUCAACCCUUUGGCAGGUGCAGGAAAACAAAUGCCACAAGCCAGUAAGCCACCCACCCCACAGACUCCCAUCAUCGAGGAAGAGCAGAACAACGCAGCAAAUACCCAGAAGCAUCCUUCCCGGAGGAGUGAACUGAAGAGGUUCUACACCAUUGACACUGGCCAAAAGAAGACCCUAGACAAGAAAGAUGGGAGGCGAAUGUCUUUUCAGAAACCUAAAGGGACUGUUGAGUAUACUGUUGAAUCAAGGGAUUCUUUGAAUAGUAUAGCCCUGAAAUUUGAUACAACACCCAACGAACUUGUUCAAUUAAAUAAGUUAUUCUCCCGAGCAGUUGUUACUGGACAGGUUUUGUAUGUUCCUGAUCCUGAAUACAUCUCCAGUGUUGACAGCUCUCCAUCCUUAAGUCCUGUAAGUCCUCUGUCACCAACAUCGUCUGAAGCUGAAAUUGACAAGACCACUAGUCCUGAUGUAGUCCACCCAAAAGAAGCAACUCUUUCAACUACUUUUACUGGUAUUCGACCUGCACGAGUUGUAUCUUCAACUUCUGAAGAGGAAGAAGCAUUUACUGAGAAAUUUCUUAAAAUUAAUUGCAAAUAUAUUACCGAUGGCAAGGUAAUGAGUAACAUUUUAGGAAAAAACUUUUAA